UCCUUUACUUUUUAUAUCUUCGGAGGGUGAGCAUUACAUUGUCAAAUUUAGAUUGAAUAUGCUUUUUGGACUUAAACUAACAAUGUCUAAUGACAAUGGUUGACACUGAUAUGUGAAUAAUAUUAUAUUUAAACUAUUUCGAAUAAGCUUAGCUUUCAUUUCAUGGAAAUAAUUGUAAAUCUCGCGUUAUAGUCCUUGGGUGUGUUGGCUACCAAUUUUCGAUAUAAGGUUGGUGUGUGCUCAUAUAUUACUCUGGUCCAUAAAGUCUCUUUGAUUUACUUUUCUGAAAUAAACACAUUGAAUUAGAUAACUUUUUGUUAAUCCAGACCUGUUUACUCUUACGAUUUUAUUGUACAUUGUACGAUUUUGACAUGUCUUAUGUUUGUACAUCAAGAUCAUUCAGAAUGAGAACUACUAUUUUUAGAGGUGUCUUGUUGAAAAUUUUUACAAUAGACACACGGCCAAUGCAGACAAUUAGUGCCUAGAUGUCAUUCCAUGAUUUUUGUUAAGCUUUUGUUUUAGAUUCACUCCCCUUGUAACUUUUCCCCAUAAAAAUAAAAAAAGUUCAUUUUGGAUUGUUAGUUUUAGCUCCUUUCUACAUUACAUUAUUACAUCCAGGGACCACUGAUAAAUGGAUUGAGAGAUACUAUCGGUAGGUAGUUCGGUAAGAUCCAAGAAGUGCCAAAAACCGGGUAUCGUGAUUUCGUUGUCAAAAUUGCGACCUCCACUUUUUAAUUUACAGAGGGUCACGCUGUUUACGACUUUAACUAUUUAUAGCCCAGCAUGUAAAUUCGAUUUCUGCCCAUAACUUAGAGUAGACAUGUGUUAUGAUUAGACACUGGAGUCCCCCAAAAAAUUUUGGGCUUCACUUUGAAAAUUGAAGGUAAAAUAACGCAAUUUUUACUCAUUCAUAUUUUUUGUGUGGAAAGGACCCUUUCUUUGAAUUUCAGGGACUUUAUAAAUAAUGUCAUUAACUAAAACAUACCCAAGGCAUGCUAAUUUAGGCCCAUCAGUUUGGUCAUAAAUUCACUCAGUAUUUUAAUCACGUGUGUCCCAAAAUUACCUAUUAUCGUUUAAUAUUCGUUGCUAUGGUAAAUAACCUAAUUUAUUCUGGAAAUCCAGCCUAUUACUCCUGAAAGCCUAAUUAAUUACAAUUGAUAGUUAACUAUUAGUUUUAUAUACUGUUAUAUGUAUAGUAUUAACUAUAUAAUAACAUAUACUAUAAAUAUAUAUAUAUAUAUAAUAUGUAUGUAUGUACAUAUAGAGGCCUAGAAUAAUACGACUAGUAUAAGUGUAGGCCUUUACACCCCCCAAUAAUUAUUUGUAGGACCCAUUAUUUAUAUGUAAUGAUAUAUAUAUGGUGAUUCUUAAGGCAUAAAUUAAGUAAAACUGUAAACAAAAUAUUCACUUACCUUUGGCAUUGAAAUAUCCUAUAUUUAAUCACAUAUCACACUAUUCCAAAGAAGAAUUAUUAUAUAAUCCUCAGUAUUCUCAAAAAAAAAACACUUUCUGCAAGUAAAUAACUAGAACUUAUUUAAAAUUCUAUCAACAUCCAAAGUUGAUUCUAUCAAUAAAUGUUGAUCUGUGACACAACUUUACUAACUUAAAAUAAAAGACUUACUAUUUUUUGUCAUAUUCACACAUUCAUAUUGUAUGGGACUAAAAUACAUUAUAUAGAAAAUGGUAAAAUAAAAAGUCUAAUAGUCAAUUUUAACUUAUUGAAACAUAUAAUCCAUUUAUUAUUAGUAUAUACUUAUAAAUUUUAAACAAUUCCACCGAAAAUUCUAAAUUAAUAUCUUAAGAAUAUUUUAUUAUUAUUAUGAUUUUUGGGAAAUUGAAAAAAAUAUUUAUACAUAAUUAAUUAAUUACAAAUAAGUGAAGAGUCAGCAUAUUUUAUAAAUUUUUAAUAGGAAAAUAAUAUAUAAAAAAAAAUUAAAUAAUUUUUGCUGAAUAUUAACAAAAACUAACUUAUAUUUUGUGGGUUUUAUUUAGAAGUACUCUAAUUAAAAUAUGAUCCCUGUAGAUAUUACAUUUUUGUCUCAUUUUAUAAUAAAGUUAUAGGCCUUUAAAAAAAUCAAAAUGAUGAUCACAAAUUCUAGAGGAAAAUCCCAUAGUAAAAAAGUGCAUUUGAGGUCUCUACUAAGAAAUUCAUAACUUUUGAACCACUUGAGCUAGAAAGUUGAUCUUGGUGUUUUUGUAAUCUUUUCUCCGGGCUCUAUACAGCUGUAGUAUUUUUAUAUUUUUAAAAAUGUUUUGAAAUUUUAAUCAAAGUGCCUACUAUAGGUUAGGAAAAUCCAUAGUUAUGUUUAUAUUAUGUUAGCCCUGAUGACAAGAGAAGAUGGGGGAUUGAUUUAGGAAAUAGUGUAUGGGUGUGCUAAGGGGUGGGGAGUCUAAAUACUUUUACUUUUACCAGUGAGUAGUGACAGACCGUGGUAAUGUGAUCUGCACGAUCACCCAAAUACCAAUUGAUAUCUAUAGUCAGAUACUGAUACAUGUCAGCAAAACAAAGCACAUCUGAUUGCAAUAUAAAAGUUAGUCAUCUACUUUUGACACCAGCUCACUUAAAUUGAUCCCACUAGCCAUGCAAUGCAAGGAAUUAUUGUAUGCAUUCAAUAUAGGCAUAGGCCUAUAUACUGUAACUGAAACAUUAUUGCGCUUCAAGCCUUUGUGGAUGAAGCGUGAUUUUUAAAACAAUAAACUUAAUUACAUUUACUUUUAAGAUUCUGUAUUAUACGAUAUAUUGUAUUAUUAUAGGAAAUCGAGGGUAACUAGAUCUGGUAAUCACUUAAGUGCAAUAAAUUCAAAUUAAAUAGUAUUUUUGUCGCAUAGUCUGCCAUAGUUGCCUUUUUUAAAGUAAAUAGACUGUAAUCCCUUAUAUUUUAGUGCAAUAAUUUAAAAUAUUACCAUCUACCCGAUGGAACUACAUAAAACACUUUAACUUUAAUGGUCAAUAUUGUAUUUAUUGUUUUGUGCAUUUUUGUUGUGUUUUAAAGUUAUUUUUAAUGCUGUUAGCCUAGUAUUUAAAAAACAGUUGAUAAGUUUAUUGUCAAAAGAAAGAGAUGAAUGGCAAGGCCGAGUCAGCACUGAGUGUCCCAUAUCCAAAUUUAUCAAAUUUUACUUUAGACACUGAGUUUUGCUUAAGUGACAAUGUUGUGGGGCAGAGUGCAAAUAAUUUAGGCACCUGCUAUGAUUUCUUUUCUUUUUUUACAAAGUUAGCAGUGGUCGUAUAGGAUUGUCUCUAAAGACUAAAGAAAAUAUUUGUAGAACUGAAAUCUUAAUGGGCUUAUUAGACUACAUUCACUAAUGCAUGAACUUCAAUGUGUUGAUCUGAUUGUAAAUGAUUAGAUGAAUUUAGUCUUCGUUUUAUUUCUUUAAUCUGUAGAUAUAGAUUGUAAGCAUAAGUGAAAAUUUUUCAGUUUUUUGUUAGCACUAUUACAUUAUUAAGCCCUAAUGAAGGUUUUUAAGUAGUUUUUUUAAUCAACAAUGGUAUUAUUCAUUAUUUCAGUGUAGUGGAGCACAAACAAGGAAAAUGCAAAUCUUCGUUAAGACCCUGACGGGCAAAACUAUUACCCUCGAGGUUGAGCCCUCAGACACCAUUGAAAAUGUCAAAGCCAAGAUCCAAGACAAAGAAGGUAAUCUUUUGUAAACAGGUGUUUAUUGUAAAGACUUGUGACAUUAUUAUAAACAUUCUUCACUAUUAUGUUUAGACUAUCACACAAAUGCUUCUCACCUCCCUCCAUAAUGACAAAGUCAAGUACUGUUGUUACACGCUACACUUUUAUUUAAAUGCUCACAUUAUAACAUAAAUAUAACAUAAAAUAUUAGCUCCUCCUGUACAAUAGAAUAAUCUCAAAACUUCAUUGAGUAUUUCAAGCAAUAAAUAUGUCUUCGUACAAUUUUAAUAAUCAAAUAUCUCUCGUUGCAAUCAUGGCGAAGUCAUGCUUUUUUUUUGGUACUCUCUCAAAGUCUCUAAUUCCUUGAGAUUAUUAACCCUUUACAGUCCAAGCCUAUUCAGCCUUGUCUACUCCCAGCGCCCAAGCAAAGGGACAUAACUCCAUUUUAAAUGAAGGUUCUUUAUCUAAUUAAUUUACAGAAAAUAAACUAGAAGCAAUAAAAUAAAAAAAUGCCUAAAUACAAAGAAAUGAUUAAAGCAAAAGUUAAACCUAAAAAUAGUUUCAGAGAUCCUCCCACUCAUAAAAUAGUGAAGCUUCAUUAGGCCUAAGUUCUUUCAAAAGUGUAUCCAAGGCUCAGAUAGCCAUUUUUUACAGCGAAAAAAUCGUGACUUUUAAAAAAAUCAUAGAAAAUCAGCCCCUAAACACACUGCGGUCAAACUAGUAUCAAAAUAAAUGCCGACAACGAGGCUUUCUUCUGGUAGAACUAUAAAUAGUAAUGCGCAAUGGAUUUCCGCUGUACUAAGAACGAAAGUAAACAACCUUGAAAUGGGCGGGUUUGGUCGCAACAGACUGUAGGCUUAACUUAUUCCCUCCUGCAAUGCUACUUCCGUAUUUAAUUUAUUUGCCUGAGAAAGGGAAGUAACCCCGUUUUGAAAUUGUUUACAUUUUUUAAAUAUGUAUUUAAGCUACUAAAUAUUAUUUAAUGUUAAUUAAGAACAAAUGCAACAAAAAAUGAAUAAGGUUUAAUAUAAAUAUAACAUUAGCGGGGGGAAAAUAACGAACAAUGACCAAAAAAUCUAUUUUCGGCACCUCGGACGAACACAUGCUACAUAUAGACGCGCCGUUCUAAAGCACACAUAGUUUUAAAGUGAAACAAGAUAAAAACUUCCGGUUUUUAAAUUAAAAUCACGCUGAACCACGCCAUCACCGGAAGUCUCGAGGGAUUCGAGAUUUCAUUGCUAUUUUUAAAUAGAUAUGAGAGAGGUGUGUCGCUAUGCAUUUGGACGCAUCCGGCGAAACCCGUAAGACGCAUUUAGUCGCAAACGUCGGGAAUGAGUUAAGGAAAAAAUUGGCGCAUCGGACUGUAAAGGGUUAAAAUAUAGUCUUAUUUACAGAGACGUGGCACCUAUGUUGUAGAUGUAUUAUUGAAUACGUUAAUUAUAACCAAACUAUGGAUAUUAAAUGUUAUGCCCAACCAGUUAUCUGAUGUGAUAAUUUGUUUUGAAAAAUGUUUAUGCUCGGCCUACUUUUUUUCCCUAUGAUGAGGCUGACUUGAAUAUUCAAUAAUUUUACGAAGUGGUUGCGUGAACCGUGCCAGUGUACCUAGAAAAACCAUGACAUGUAUAUGACAUCCUAGAUAAUUCAUCUCACGACAUGAAUGAAUGUUAUAAUGUAUUUAAUAUUUUCUUUCCAUAGGUAUUCCCCCUGAUCAGCAGAGGUUGAUCUUUGCUGGUAAGCAACUUGAAGAUGGCCGUACCCUGUCAGACUACAAUAUACAGAAAGGUGAGUUUUGCUGAAUUCUAAAUUGCAUUGUGCCUAGUGACUUAACAAAGGCAGCUUGUUUCUUGUAUUGUAUAUCUUAACUUUUGUAUAUUUUGGAAAUGCAUUUUCUUUUUUAUUUGUUGAAUUUUUAUCUUGUACUUGAAAUAACGCCCAUGUAAUGGUUUCAGAAUCAACCCUUCAUCUUGUAUUGAGGCUGAGAGGAGGUAUCAUUGAACCUUCCCUUAGAAUUCUAGCGUCAAAGUUCAACUGUGACAAGAUGAUUUGCAGAAAGUGAGUACCGCAGAUUUGGCUGCCUAACAUUUUUAAAAUUUAAAUGUGUCACUUUUAAAGCUGGGGCAAAUUGGAAUUAGAUAAGUUAUUCUUGUCCUUUAAAGUACCGGUAUUAUAAGCAAAGUUUUCAUGUUUGUCAAUUCUGUGGUGAUCUCAUUAAAAAAAUUUUAAGCAGGACUGGAAGGCGGUGAUGGAAUGGGCUGAUGUCAAAUUCAUGUACAAUGUUUUUCUGUGUUAGCGAUGGCUCCCCUUCUAAUAAAACACACAUUGAUUCUGAUUUAAAAUAUUUAAAGGUAUUGGAUCUUUUUUUAUUAUAGUUUGUAUCACUGUUAAUAAUUUAUUUUCAUUUGCUUGUGCUAAUAAAAUGCCACCUUUUUUUUCCUAGAUGCUAUGCACGUCUGCAUCCUCGUGCCACCAACUGCCGCAAGAGGAAAUGCGGGCACACAAGCAACAUUCGCCCCAAGAAGAAGCUUAAGUAAGAUCUUCGCCCUUCUCGGUGUGACCUCACAAGUGUUCCCCCGAGGACUACCAAGAGUACAAGUUUACUUCUUUUGAUUGUCAGAUUUUUUUGAAACAAUAAAAAAGUAAUUUGUGGCUUUUCAGAAGGCUUUUGAAGCAAUUUCUUUUUCUUUGUUGUUUUUUUAAAUAUUGGUUUUCAUUAUUUUAAGUCAUGGGUCUCAAACUCAAAUUAUCUGGGGGUCACAAGAGGUAGAGUUUGAUUGAAACUGGUCUGCUUGAAGUAUUCCACAAAAAAGUUAUUGCAAAUUCAAUCAAGCACAACGGUUACAAUGUGUUCAGCCUUUGUUAAUGACAAAUAAAACAUUAGGGAUUCCCUUUCUUCCUACUCCUUGUUGCCAGCUUCUUACAUAGCUUAGCAAUGUUUGGCUUGAGCUGGAAUAAGGAACUGAGACAAUCAGUAUAGCUUGAAGAUGCUCAUCAGCAAGUUUGGUCCUGAAAUUUGACUUGUUAAAGUUCAUAGUGGAUAAGAGCUUUUCACAGAUCGAUACUCCCAAAAGGGCACAUGAUCCGCUGGAAGAAUACUCGAAUUCUCGGGAAAGUUGGAGGGCAAUGCUUAUUGUCUGUUUUUUAUCAUUCACCUCCCUGAACUUAGCCUUGAGUUCAGAAUUGCACUGAAGAUCAAUCAGCUCCAUUUUAAGUGCAGAAGUUUGGGGGAAGGGCAUCUUCCACAUUGAAGGAGAAAGGGUCAGCAAAAAUUUGAAUGUUGGCUGUGUGUGUUUUGAAGUCUGCAAACGUGAUGACAUUCUUCCAGUGCUUGUAGCUUUACAAUUUCAAUGGCAUCAGUAUACUAACUACUGAAUGGUGUGUCUGAGUCCAUGAGUACUUUGCAUGUUGGGAAAUGGCAGAGGUUUCUCUGAGAACCAUAACACAAGUAUUGUGCAGAGUGCUGCCCCUGGUCUUUUGUAACUUCUUGUUUAGUGCAUUCAGCUCUUGGGUAACGUCAACAAGAAAAGCCAAAUCCAUGAGCCAUUUGUUUUGACUAACCGUUUCAAAAGUGACCGAGGUUUUCGGUCAUCUAAUUCUCAGCAAAAGGGAUAUUUAACAACAAACUAAGCGACAUUUAAGAACAAACUAAGCGAUCUUUAAGAACAAAUUAAACAAUCUUUAAGAACAAACUAAACGAUCUUUAAAAACAAAACGAUCUUUAAUAAAAAGAACAAACUAAGCGAUUUUUUAAGAACGAACUAAGUGAUCUUUAAGAAUAAAACAAAUAAUCUUUAAUAGUUAAUAGUAAACUAAAUGAUUUAUAAGAAUAAACUAAGUGAUCUUUAACAAAAAACUAAAUGUUCUUUAGGAACAAACUAAAAGAUCUUUAAGAACAAACUAAUCGAUCUUAAGGAACAAAAUAAAGUAUCAGAAUAAACUAAGCGAUCUUAUGAAAAAACCAAGGGAUCUUCAACAACAAAAUAAGCGAUCUUUAAGAACAAACUAAACGAUUUUAAUAACAAACUAAAAGAUCUGUAGUACAAACAAACUGAAUGAUCUUUAAGAAGAACUAAGCGAUAUUUAAGAACAAAAUCAGUGAUCUUUCAGUUUCAGAAAAAACUUUGCCAUCUUUAUGAACAAACUAAAAGAUCUUUUAAUAACACAAACUUGGCGAUAUUUAAGAAAAAACUUAGCGAUCUUUUUUGAACAAACUAAAAUAUCUUUAAGAACAAACUAAGCGAGCUUAAAAAACAAAAUAAACGAUUUUUAACAAGAAACUAAGCGAUCUUCAUGAACAAACUAACCGGUCUUUAAGAAAAAAUAAAGCGAUCAUUAACAAAAAAAUGAACGAUCUUUAACAACAAGAUGUUAUAUUAGAUGUUUAUAUAUUAACAUUCACAAUUAUCUCAUUUUUCAUAAAAAGAAUGUAAUUGUUUAUACUUAAUCCCAUCAUUUUCAAUGUACUUCGUUUUUAUAUACCGGGUAUAUCCAACUAGAAAAGUUUUAUAAUAUUUUUACAUUUGCUACUCCUGAAGAGUUCUCGAAUAUUUAUGUGACCCAACAUACAAGUCAUUUGUAACACUUCCAAUAACUGCUGUGUAAUAAGCUUCUUUAAACUUGUUGUCAAUGUUAUUCUUAAUGUGUAUGCCAAGUUUCAUUUACAAUACAGUACAAUAAGUUAC